AAAGUAAUUCAUAAAAUAAAAAUAAAAAAUAAUUCUUAUUAUUUGCAUCAUUAAGAUAAUUAAUUAUUAACAAAAUAUAAAGAAAUGUUUGAAGGUACCAGAUUAUCCUAUGUUGUUCCUGGAUACACAGGUCACAUUCCUAAAGUAAUUAGAGACGAUCCUAUACCCAUUCAAAAGCAAGAACCCAAAUACUAAAUUCCAGGUUAUGAUGGAUAUAUUCCCUCCAUUAAAUCUGAAAAUAUCUUUGGUAAGACAUAUGGAAAAAUUACUUAUACAAUCUCUAAGGGUGACUAACAUCAAGGCUAAGAUGUUAAUGCUUAAUAAAGAUAUGCAAGUGUUACCCAAGAAACUUAUAUUAAUUAGAAUUAAGUUCUUUAAAGAACUGCUGCAGAAAUAGUAGGUGUCCCUCCCAAAUAACUUUAAUACACUCUCACUGAUAAAAUGAAAGACAGCAAUUUCUGGUAGACAUAAUUAUAACAUACCAAAAAGUUAUAAUAAGAAGAAUCAUAAAAUGUAAGACCUUAAUAAUUCGAAGAAAGUCUUGAUAAAUUCUAUGGUGAUGAUAAAGUAGAUCCAAUUAGAAUCGGAACUCCUCUUCCAGGUUACACUGGUACCAACAAAAGAAUUGUUGCAGCUAACAUUUUUGGUUAAACCUUUGCUAAUGCAAGAAAGACCGCAGCUGCAGAUUAACAUAAUAUUGACAAUGAAAAAAUGCACAACUUCAAAUUAUAAGCCUAAAAUAUCCCCAAUAUCAGAAGAUGA